AUGCUAAAAAGAAACCCUACAAACCUCAAGAAUGCACGAAAGCCUUCAGUGUGUCCUCAACUGUUAUUCAACAUUCUUUACAAAUGUAAAGAAUGUGGCAAAUCUUUUAAGAGCUCCUCAUACCUCACUGUACAUAAGAGAAUUCAUACUGGAGAGAAACCCUACAAAUGUGAAGAAUAUGACAAAUCCUUUAGGAAGUCCUCACACCUUGCUUCACAUAAGAUAAUUCAUACUGGAGAGAAACCCUACAAAUGUGAAGAAUGUGGCAAAGCUUAUAACUGCUCCUCAAUCCUUUGUAAACAUAAGAGAAUUCGUACUGGAGAGAAACCCUACAAAUGUGGAGAAGGUGGGAAUGCUUUUUACUGUUCCUCACACCUUACUAGACAUAAAAUAAUUCAUACUGGAGAGAAAUGCUACAAAUGUGAAGAAUGUGGCAAAGCUUAUAAAUGCUCUUCAACCCUUACUACACAUAAGAGAAUUCAUAUAGGCGAGAAACCCUACAAACGUGAAGAAUGUGGCAAAGCUUUUAACUGCUCCUCAAUCCUUAGAAAACAUAAGAUAAUUCAUACUGGAGAGAAACCCUACAAAUGUGAAGAAUGUGGCAAAACUUGUAACUGGUCUUCAAUCUUUGCUAAACAUGAGAAUUCAUUCUGCAAAGAAACCCGACAAGCAUAAAGAAUGUGGCAAAGCCUUCAACCAGUUCUCAACUCUUACUAAACAUAAGAAUUCAUUUGGAAAAUAAACCCUGCAA